AUGGGGUUUGAUAAUGAAUGUAUCUUGAGUAUUCAAUCCCUUCCUGGUGAAUAUUUCUGCCCUGUUUGCCGGACACUCGUAUAUCCCAAUGAGGCCCUACAAACUCAAUGCACACAUCUCUACUGCAAAUCCUGCUUGGCGUAUGUAGUGGCAACCACACAAGCUUGUCCUUAUGAUGGAUACCUUGUAACAAAAGCUGAUUCGAAGCCUCUUAUGGAAUCAAAUAAAACCCUUGCUGAGACUAUUGGCAAAGUCGCGGUCUAUUGCCUGUAUAAUAAGAGUGGCUGCCAAUGGCAUGGAGAGCUAUCUGCCUGUAUCACACAUGGUGUUACUUGUGCAUAUGGGAACUCUCCUGUUGUUUGCAAUCGUUGUGGGACACAAAUUGUCCAUCGUCAAGUGCAAGAACAUGCUCAACUCUGCCAUGGCUUACAAUCUCAAACCCAACAAGCUGAUGGUAGUCAGGUGCAGCUAGCAGCGGCAACAACUCAGCCAGUCACCCAAGAUCCAUCACUUGCCUCAGCUGGAUCUGCUGCACCUGCAGCUGCAACCCUACCAAAGCCAUCUUCAACUACAGCCACAGCUGUAACAGAUUCUACAACAGCAACAGGAGGGGCAGCUGGUGCAACCACAGCAGCAGUGCCUUCUUCAGCUGCAUCUAUUCCCGCUUCCCAAACUCCAACAGCUGAGCAGUGGUACCAGCAGCAGCAGCAGCUCCAAUACUCGCAAUACUACCAGCAGCAGCACCCUGGAUCCAACCCUUACAUGCAGCAAUAUCAACAGUAUGACCAAUACCAGCAGGUGUAUCAGCAAUACAUGCAACCUCCAAUGCAAGUACCGUCCCAAAAUGUGGUGCCAGGAUCUGCACAACCUGCUUCUUAUGUUCAGCCUCAAGUGCAGUCCUCCCAGCUGAUGAUGCAAGCCCAAAGUCAGCCCCAGGUCCAUCCAUUGACAAGUCAACCACAGCUUCAGCAGCAUCCGGUUCAACCCCAACCCCAAAGUCACCCUCAUCUUUCCCAUGUUCAAGCACCUGCAGGUCAGUCGCAGCUUCACCAACCAAUUCAGUCAGCCCAAGUUCCACAGCUCCAACCAAGUCAAGUUCCUCUCCAACCAUCUGGUCUCCAAGUACAACCUGCAGCACAUCCAUCUGCUCCUACUCAAGUUGGUAACCAGCAAUUUGCUACUCAAGCAACGGCUCGUCAAGUGCAGCCACAUGUACAAGCUCAACCUCCGCAGCAGCAACAUAUUGUUGCACAGCAACAACAUCCACAUCUGCAAGCUUUACCUCCACAGCAAAAUAUUCAACCUCAGAUGCAGCUAAACUCUCAAGUUCAGCUCCAGCCUCCACAUGUCCAGCAGCAAGCUUACCCACAACCUCAGGCCUAUCCUCAACAAACACAUAUGCACCCCCAGAAUGCUUCAUAUACACAGCAGCAAACACCACAAGGUGCUCUUUUGCAACCUGUACAUGUGUCCCACCAACAAGCACAUGUUUCUCACCAUCCUGCACCGAUGCGUCCUCCAUUGCCAGGCCAACAGCCAGCUUUGCAGCCUCAGGGAAUCCAACAUACAACACAACAUGAAAAACAUAUUGGGUUUCAUGCUCAGUGGCCACCAAUGUAUUCCAACAUCCCUUCCCAGGCACCACCACAGGGAUUGGCCGCGCACUCAUCUGUUUCCUCACAAUCAGUUCAACCAUACCAGCAAGGAAUGUCCUCAUCACAACAGGUGCAUUCCCAACCUGGUCAGCCUUAUACACAACAGCAUGUUACUGGUAAUACUGGACAACACGUUCAAACUUCAGCUGGCAGAUCUAUGUCUCAUCUUGCACCAACACAGCAAUUUCAGCAUCAACAGCCAGCAGUGCUUAGAACUGAGUCGCCUGCUGCUGGGCACCCUAUUGGGCAGGGUUCUUUAGAUCUUGAAAAACAUACUUCAAAAUCAGGGAAGUCAGAAAAUGCAACUAAUGCUGCUGUCGGUGAAAAUAAAAAUAGCGGUGCUGAGUCAGCUGUCUUGAGAUCUACAAAGUCGCAAUCGGGUGAUGAAAACAUGAACAGCGAACAGAAUGGUUUUGUUAGUGUUAAAAAAGAUGCAGUGCAAACUGGCAUUGUAUCACAUGGUUUAGAUGGUUCAAUUAGGAGGGAUGGGAAUACUGACCAGGCAGGUAAUUCCCAUGGUCCAGUUGUGCAGGGAGGCAGGGACCAUAAGGCUUCAGAUGCAUCUACGAAUCACGAGAAAGGACGAUCAUUUCAGCAGGCAUCACUGCAAAAUGCAGGGGCACUGGGCUCUUAUGUGCCCCCAGGUGUGGUACCACAGCAUCCAUCUGGACCAAAUAAAAUGCUUCCUCAGCAUAUGAUGAACCUUGGUCAUAAGCAUGGUUUUUCUGAAAAUAUCCGUCCUCCGUUGCAACAACCAUAUGGUUUGUUUCGUUCCGGAACGAUACCAAGGCCAUUUGGAGAGAACCAGACUCAGAUGUCAAUGUCACAGCCUGGGGGUAUCAGACCUGGUGAUGGUAUGAUUCGACCUCGUGUGGUUGGCCCAUUACCUGGACAUCAUGGUGCGGUGUUGCCUCCUUUUGAUCUUGAACGUUUGGGCCAGCCACAUCCUCUUGGAAUGUUGAACAGCAAUGACUUUGGUGGUGAGGGGUUCAACACUUCAGGGGGUGCAGCAUAUCCUGGAAGACAUGAUGAUAUCAAAGACGAUCGGAAACAUUUUCUGGCGCCAGCCCCUCUGGAUGGUCAGGGCUUGCAAAGGGACCCUAGACAUUUUGAGAGAGCUUUAGGUAGACCUGAUGGUUUCCUUGAUUCAGUACCUGGAAGGCCUCCAUUUCCAAACCAUAGAAGUGCAGGUAUGCAUGAGGAUUUUCCAAGAAAGCAAAAUGCAACUGCCAGUCACCCUGACUUCCUGUCACACGGAGCAGAAUUUGAUCAUCACAGGGCUAUUGGAAUGCCUAAUUUCAGAAACCCAGGCCCAUUUGCUCAAGGGACAAGUGGUGGUCCUGUUGGUCCCCAUAAAAAUCAGCUCGGCUCUGGUAACCUUCCUGGGAAUUUACGACAUUCUUUUGAGGGUCCAGACUUCCCUCCUGCUCCUUUCAACCUUGGUGACAUGCAUCCAGGUGACCCUCAUCUUGUCGCUGACUAUUCUCAGCAUGGAUUUCCUAAAACUGCAGCACACUUUGGUUUGGGUGGAUUCUUGAGAAAUGGGAAUUCUGGUUGGUGCCGAAUAUGCAUGUUUAACUGUGGGAGCGCAGAGAAUCUGGAUAUGCAUGUACAAACAAGGGAACAUCAGCAAUGUGCAAUGGACAUUGUCCUGAAAAUGAAGCAAGAUGUUGCAAAGAGGCAAAAACUGAAUUAUGGAGGCCCCAAGUCAUUCAACAACAAAAAGGUUUCUGGGAAGGGCCAUUUUCGUGGGAAUAGGCGCUAG